CCGCCACCGAGGAAGACACCAGGUCACCAGCCAUAGGCCCAUAGCAAACCAAGCGCGAGGAGGAACAGGCGUAGCUCCGUAGCCAUAGAUGGCUAACAAGCGUCAGCGGGAUGCGCGGAAGCGCUUCCGGGAGGCGAACCCAGACCUAUUCCCUCCGCAAACCGCCCCUUCUGCCGACGGAACCAAGAACAAGAGCAAGAAGAAGAAGAAUAAGAGCAUGUUCAAGAAGGCCAAUAAGGGCGGCACGGGAAGGUUUAAGCACCCGCUACGGGUUCCCGGGAUGCGGCCCGGGGAACGCUGCUUCAUCUGCAAGUCCACCGACCACGUCGCCAAGGCUUGCCCCGAGAAGGCCCUCUGGGACAAGAAAAAGAUUUGCUUGCUUUGCAGGGAGCGGGGUCAUAGUCUGAAGAACUGUCCUGACAAAAGCGAGGGAAAUUUGAUGAAAUUUUGCUAUAACUGUGGUGAAUCUGGACACUCUCUUUCCAAGUGCCCCAAGCCCAUUGAGAAUGGGGGUACGAAUUUUGCAAGCUGUUUUAUCUGCAAUCAGCAAGGGCAUUUGAGCAAGAACUGCCCUGAAAACAAACAUGGCAUCUAUCCAAAGGGUGGUUGUUGUAAGGUAUGUGGCGAAGUUACCCACUUGGCCAGACAUUGUCCGAAUAAAGGGAGACAAGAUUUGAUAUCCUCCAGAGAUGAUGAUGUCAACAUGGAAGAGCACAGUCAGGAAUGUCCUGCGGUUCACCAUGGUGGAGAUGACCUAGAAGAUGAUUUCGUUAAUGAAGAAGAACCAAAACCCGCCAAAUCAAAGAAGGCAAAGCAAUCAGGUUCAAGACCAGCCACAGGGACGGGAAAUGACGUGAAGAGCGCCAGUGCCAAGACAAAAGCGAAACAAGCUCCUAAAGUUGUAAAAUUCUUUGGUUAAAGAAUGGGAAUUUUGUUGUAGCUUAAGAUACGAAUGUUCCAUCUGGACAACCUUGUACUGUCAAGCGGUUGUGUGUAACGCUGAUGACGAUGAGAAUACGUCUGCCAACUGCAUACGCCUCUCGUUGCCCCUAGGUGCUCUUCUGUCUUCUCAUUGUUUGGCUAGCAUUGGGUUAUGCGAGACCAGUAGAACAAUUACAAUAUGGAAUUCGCUCAGUUUUCGC